CGGCGCUACGAGUUUUGUCUGCGUCCUGCGCAUUCGAUUUUCAAACACCAUUCCAUUCCACGAUUGAAUGUCGUCUAGUUCGCACACGUAAACACGUAAUACAAAUAUUGUGAUAACCGUUCGAUUAUUUUUUGUGUUUUGUUAAUAACAACCUGUGUUUAUACAAGAUGUGUGAAAAAAGAACAAGAAAGAUCAAAAAAGGUUCACACCUAGCACGUUUGCGCGAAGCCAGGCGUCUGGAAAGACUCCAUCGGCAACCAUCUCCGCCGACCAGCGAAGAGAACACUACGCCAUGCCCACAACCACAACUACAACCUCAAGCACAACCUAAAGCCAUAGUUGAUAAAACAGCACAGAAUCGUGUCAUUUUAGAGUUAGCAUGGCGAACUAUUGGGCUUAUGCAUAAAAAUAGACUAAUCCAACAGAAAAUAAUUGAAUUGCAAAAAGAAACAUCUGAAUUUAUCACAUCUGUAAUGAGUAACCCAGAAAACCGAAGGCGGUACAUCGAAUACGUUCGCUUGUAUGGUAUACCACCGGAAUUGAAAAUACAAUUUCAAAAUAUAAAGAAGAGCGAUACGCCAACGAAAGUUGAACCUCAAACUCCGACAAAUGAAUAAUCUGCGACUUAUUGAAUGAAUUGAUUGAGUGUGUACGUUGAUUUAUCUAUUAUAGUAUCUAAUCAACUUAAUAUCGGUCACACUUCCUUUUUGUGUGCACGCUAUGUGUUUGCUUGCCUAGUUAUAAGUAUAUAAGUUCUUGAAAGUGAAUGAUUUCAAUGAAUUUUUUGUCAGAAGAUCUAAUUUUCACAGCCAAUAAUGGAAUAUUGCCAUAUAAUAAUGGCACUUUAUGCCAUAAUACUGUAUUACACAAAAGUAUUUUUUUUUUUUUUUUAAUAAUAUGUUAAUGCAUUGUGGUAUUAAAUUUUUAACGUUAUUUAUAUUGCGAUAUAUUUCUCUUUUGAAUAUAUUUUUUUACUCGACAUAUUAAUGAGGUUAUUUUAUAAAUUUGAUCGGACAAUACAAAAAUGGAAUUUACAAUCAUAAACUAAAAAAAUAAUAAUUAAAGAUCUCUUAAAUACUUAUCUAUAUGAAACUGAAUAUUUUACAUGAUGAUAGAUAAGUUUUCAUACACAAAAUUUCACUUACGGUCUCUUUCGCUCCUUUAGGUAUCUGUUUCUUGAGUAACUAUAUUGUCAACCCCCCAAAAGAAGUGGCAAACGGAUCUACAUAUGUGUUCAGUACCGUAUGCAUAAGAUAGAACGAGAUAGCAUUGUCUAACGUCUUGUUCUUUUUUACGCACGCAGUUAAAAAUUGUAUUAAAAACUUUAUAUUGGUCAAAUUAAUUUGUAUCCUUUUGCUGCUUGUCUAGGGGGCAAAAUUCUAUGAUAAUAUUAAAAAAUAACAUUACGUUUUUUUAGCUUUUAUUAUUAUUUGUAAAAUAAAGAGAAAAAACUAGAUAUUCAGAGAGACUGGAUUCGAAUCUAAUGCGCCAUUUCUCUCCAAAAUUAUAAUGUCAAUUUGACAUUACAGCGAAAUGUUUAUGCUAAGGAUCAAUAUGAACUUUAUUUCUAAAAGAUUGGAGUCUAAAAUAAAAUGGCCCAUAAAAUAGUAGUAUAGUAGUAACUCAAAUUAUUAGGUUAUGAGAUAGGUUUAGAGAAAUCGCACCUUAUAAUCGAACCCGUUGAGUUUUGAAAUAGGCCGUAAGGUUUGAUUUUGUACUUAUUUUAUCUUUCAGCAAUAAUUAUGUUGAAUGCUGUGUCUUAAACAAAAACGUUGUGGUAACUGUAGGAAAUCUGUUAUUUAUAAGUAAGCUAUUCAGAGGUUGUAAUGUAAUGAGGCUGUUAAUGUUUCUAAGAUAUUAAUCUUCGUACCUGCCGUUUUCGUUGCGUAAAUUUUCCAAUUGGUAGAUAUGUCUUCGAAAGGUAUUCUUUCAUUCUGUAGCCUCUCUUUCUCUACCAUCAAGAACAAUCUAAAAAUACUUAUUCAAAAUGUUUUUUACUCUUUAAUAUCACUUAUUGUAAGUGAUAUUAGCAGUUGUUACAAUUAAGACAAAUCUAAACAUCUAGAUGCAAUUUCUAAUUUUUUUCAUGUAAUUUGAGUAAAUAUGGAACUUGUUUCAAUUCAACAAUUCUUUUAAUCUUUCUCAAUGUGAAAAUCGAUUUGAAAAAUGUUUAUAAGAUUUUAACGAUGGUACGGAGAUAAAAGCGAAAAUGUUGAAAUACUCUCAAAUUAUAAAUUAAGUUUGUUAAAAAUUUGUUAUUAAGCAUGUGAUUUUUCUUCACAUUAUUAAGCUAGGUGUGCACCUAUGUAAUUUGAACCAAGUUUAAGAAAAAAAAAGUAAUAAGUUUAGAUUAAAAUUUUUAAAAAUACUUAUUGAGAUCAUCGCGUGACGCCGUAUUAUACCAACAGAGUUUUGUAUUUAAUUUUUUUUUUGCUUGUUUUUCUUUUAAGUUUUUUUUUUUACUUUCCUAAUAUAUGCGAAUUAGAUUGUCAAACUUCCUCUUAUAUACUCAUUCUCGAUCUUAUCCAUCUUGUCACACUACACUUUCGUCUCGACAUUCGCAUCUCAAUUAUGUGAAGUUAUUACCAUCUCUUCGUAAUUUGGUCAUACGACUAAUUCUUAUAGUUUAAGUCAAAAUGGAGAUUUUUUUAUACAACUUAGAAUGGCAAACAAGCUAACGGCCCACCUGAUGGAAAAUGCCUAUAGACAUGAGCAGUACCAUGGACAUAACAGAGUAUACUGUUUCGCCCAUGAUACCCCUAUGCUUUGCCAUUCCUGAGGUCUCAGGUGUUAUUCCUCUGUACCCAGUAAAUUGACGCCAGUAUACCUAAUAUAAUAAACUACUUACUAAAAUGUUGUAAAAUAUUUUUGUGGGUAACAUUUGUGGUAGAAUUGGUUCAUAAUUACUAUUGUGUAGACCGGGCUUAAAUGAAUAAGUAGUUUGCAUUUAAUAGAAUGUAGCUGUAAUUAUCAAUAAAAGCACAGAUCUACCAAACACUGUGUUCAUUUUAAAGCUAGUUUAUAUUUGCGGAAUAUUUAUCACAAAACAAUUAAGUGUUGCUCAUAUGCAAAACAGCUAAUCUGUACACAUGUCUCUGGAUAAUUUUCUUAACAUAGAUUUUUAAAAUUCCUGCCUAUUAAUUAAGUUUUAUCAUAAGUUUUUCCUUUGCCAUUAGACAUAAGUGACUAUUUAGUAUCUAAUUGAUAGACAGUAGUCUUAUUUACGAAUAAUUGUAUGAUAUAGUGACAUAUUAUUUCUAACAAAUUUUUAGUAUUUCUGAAUAAUUUGUUUUUAAAAUACUUAUUAGUACUUAAUCCUAUCUCUAUAUAAAAGUACUAGCUAACGUUGUUUUGCCUUCUUACCGCCGUUAACUUGGUCUAUUUUUCUUAAGAUAACUAUCCUAUCCUAAUAUGGGAACAAUGUGUAUAUAUUAAAAUUUGUUAACCGGUUUCAGAAGUUGACUGUAAACAAACGUGGUGUCAUGGGAUUUUUAUAUAUAGAAAUGUAAUUUAAGAUCUGUGACUGAAAAAAAAAGAGCGGUUACUCAUGCUCUUAGCUUUUUAAUUUUCUCUAAGCUCCAAAAAAAAGAAACCUUUGCCCUAAAAUUAAAAUUAAGUCACUAUAUCAUAAGUGUUUAAUAAAAAUAAAAUGAAAGUCGAAAAAAAUAUUAAAAUGUAUAAAAAAAAGUAAGUAUUAUUUUAAAUAUGUUACCUACCUUUUAUUAAAAUAUAUUUUAUCAAUUAUAUGCACAAUGCUCCCUGUUCAAGUAUUUAAGAUUAUUCAUACCAAAGCUUAGCAGUGUGACAAUAACGGAAUCGUCUAACAAUUUCGAAAAUACCAAAUUCAGUAAUUAUCAUUGAAUAAAGUGUACAGAAACCCAUUCGUAAAAGUUUUGCAAUGCACCUACUUCAUAUUUUGUUACGUAAGUUUUAAAUUAUUUUAUUGCAAAAAUCCACAUUUUAAACGUCAGCUUUAUAAUGAUCUUGUUGCCUUGUUAAUAUUUUAAUUCUCUAGCAAUGUACAAUUUAAUCAAUCUGAUAUAUUGAAAUUGUAAAUUGACAGUUUUGGUAUUACCCUCUUAAAUAGGUAGGUGCAAAAUGAGUUUUGGUUUAUUAUAAUAUAUGAAAAUCUUUAUUUCCACGCAUUGUCAACUCUAGUUAUUAAGUAUUUCUUAAAAAUAAACUAGACUUUCUUUAA